UCUGGACCCAAAGUCCUAAACUUUAGACCUACAGUCCGAGUCUCAGUCGUCCUUGUGCGUUGCGUAUUAUUUUUCAUCCCCGAGGCUUCUGCUUUCCAAAGCUGGCAACACAAAAUGUGAAAAAUUAGCGCCUUACACUUCUGAAUAUAUUUUUCAAUAUUUUUGUUGCUUUGUGUUUCUUUUUUAAGUUCUUAAGCUUCUUCAAUCUAUUACUGUUCAGACAUUUCAGAUUACCUCACGCGGGUGAAAUUCAGUUAAAUUAAAAUUUACCUUUGUCUUGUGUUGUUGGCUAAAACGGACAACAAAGGAACCCUCUAGCAGAAGAAACAGAACUGACAGCAGCUGACAUCAUGAUUUAUUUGGUUAAAGUUUACAUUGCUUUGGCAAACAAAAUUUAAUUCAACGUUUUGUACCUAUGUGUUACAACUUCUAGUUGGGCUUCCUCUGCCUCAAAAUGGUCUUAUGUAACAAAUUUUGAAGAAAGGGGUGUCUAUCUUUGUUCUUGGAUAAUAAGUUGAUAGUACAUAGUGCAAAUAUGUGGCCCCUUCUUGUUCUCUGGGACGCUGGAGCUAGCUCUGUUCUUUUUCAAGUUUCUGGUGUCAUCAUUGCCUUUACACUAAGUGUGAGUUUUGUCCGCUUCCUCACUCGCGAUGAACAUGUACCCAUCAGAGAUGCAUCAAAGCGACACAACUGGCAGAGCAGUUCAAUGCUAAACAAGGUGUGCUACUGCAAUGUCUGUGAGGUAUUGCUGGCUCAAGGGGAAGGCGUUUUUUGCGAUUGUUGCGGAGUUAGUGCCCAUGUGAGCUGUGUCACAACUGCAGAUGGUACUCUAAAGUGCAAGGUAGUUCACUGUCCUGAUGUCAGUCCCUUUAAGCACCACUGGGUGAAAGGAAAUUUGCCUUUAGGUGCUACAUGUGAUGUCUGUGAGGAAGAGGCUGGGUAUGGUUGUGGUCUGAUUGAUUUUUCUUGCUGCUGGUGUCACCGUUGUGUUCAUGCAGCCUGCCUUCCAAUUCUUGGGGAUGUUUGUGACUUCGGCCGAUUCAGAGCUCUCAUUGUGCCACCUAAUUGUGUUGAAGUCGAGUCACGUCGCAGCAGCAUUAGAAGGAAACUGCGCUUACGAACUGUCAAGUCCUCAGGAUGGUCACAGUGGACUCCUCUCAUUGUGAUGGCCAACUGCCGUUCUGGCAGCAAUGAGGGAGCACAAGUUCUUGCUACAUUUCGAAAAGUAUUGAAUCCAGCUCAAUGUAUAGAUCUGGCUGAGAGACCCCCUGAGGUUGCAUUGGAAUGGUGCCAACUUUUACAACAUGCAGGAGCAAAGCCAACAAUACUUGUUGCUGGUGGAGAUGGGACCGUUGGCUGGGUUCUUAAUGCUGUUCACAGUCAACAAUUAGAGCCUGCUCCUCCAGUUGCAUUGAUUCCUCUUGGAACAGGAAAUGAUUUGUCCAGAGUGCUUGGUUGGGGCAAAGAGUUCUGUCCAGACUUGCAGCCUGAGGAAGUUUUGAACCGAGUUCUGAGGGCAAAUGUGGUGAAAUUAGACAGGUGGGAGGUUACUACCAAAUGGGCUCAUCAACUUAGUCAUAUUCAUCGAAUGAAGAAGCGUUUGAUGUACAAUUACAUGAGUGUUGGUGUAGAUGCCCAAGUUACUCUCAACUUUCACAGAACAAGAGAAUCAGCAUUUUAUAUCAUCAGUAGCCGCAUCUUUAACAAGAUGCUGUACUUACUAUUUGGCACCCAGCAAGUAAUGGAAAGAGGCUGUCGUAAUUUGGAAGAACGGGUUGAAUUAUUCAUGGAUGGGAAAAGAGUUGAGCUUCCAGAGAUAGAGUCAAUUGUGAUUCUGAAUAUACCAUCAUGGGGAGCUGGUUGCCGUCUGUGGGAUAUGCUAGAUUCAGGUGAAGUGGGAGAGCAAAGCAUUAGUGAUGGCAAGUUAGAAGUGCUGGCACUUUAUUCCAGUUUUCAUAUGGCUCAGCUACAAAUUGGACUUUCAACACCUCACCUUGUUGGGCAAGCAAGUUCUAUUACCCUUAAAUUCAAAGACAGUCUACCGGUUCAAGUGGAUGGGGAGCCAUGGCAACAAGGCCCAUGCACAAUCACUGUUAACUGCAAUGGUCAGGCGACACUACUGAGUCUUCCAUCCGAGAAUUAAUCCUGCCAUUUUUGUGACUAUGCUGCUCUCAUCAAGUGAUUCAUUUCCUUGUUUUUAAAUUUAGGAAUUGUUUUGCCAAGAAAGUUUCAAUUGAAAAUUUUAACAAAUUUAAACCAUGUUCCACAUUCCUUUUCUUUUCUUUUUUUUUGUUAGUUGACACUAGGUUAAUAAUAGGCUGUGUAAAAAUUCUUGUGACAAGCUUAUCAUUCCUCUUCUUAGUUCUUAUGAUGCCUCUGAAGUCUGCUGGCUAUGGUCCUUCUGCCCAAAGAGUUUUAGGGUAGGCUAUUCUGUGAUUUUAGCUACAAUCUCUACCACAAC